GUGUUGUUCGCUUCGUUGUGACCGGGUGUAUGUUGGCGGCUGAUUUGACUCGCGAAUACAUUUUGUGUAAUAGCUAGAUUUAUUAAAAAUCAAACAAAUUGAGUUAUAUUUAUUAGUGAGUCCAUGUGUCGGACGUUUUUUUUUACGGGACUACAUGCGAACGUAAUCUUCGUCAUUAUGAAUAAGUCAAAGUGAGAUUUUGUCUGAUCAAGUGAAACCAAACAGAACCAUAACAAAAGUGCGAUCACAGAAACGACCAACAGAAUCUGCUGGACAAAGAUUCAAUGCCAGUAGGAAUAUAAUGGUAGCAGUAAUCGCUGAGGGAGAAAGUGUAUGAAACUCGAUAGUGUUCAUAAUCUUUUUAUGGUUUCCCAAAUUCAAUUAUUGAUCAGAACACAAUAGAGCGUUAUAAUUGAACAAUGGACUCUGUUGGAUAUCGUAUCGAAAGUUAGAAAUACGACAUAAUUUCAAUUGCGUGGGUGUGCUAAAAAAUGGAUGUAGUGUCUGUGCGAUCGUUGCCGAUGAAAAUGCUGUAUGCAUCCAUGGUCAAAUUUGCAUAAUUCCAGCAUGUGUUGAAAUUCGAAUGGUGGUGCUUGUCAUAAUAUUGCUAAAGUGACAAAAGAUUGUGGUUUUUCUUGUUUUUUUUUCGAAUUGCAUUUGUGGCUUGUGCAUUAUUAUGAAUAUUCUGUAUAUUCUGAGCUGUGCAGUAACUAAUACAUAAAAUUUAUUAAUUUAGCAGAAACGUAUUAAAAUAAUAGUUGCUUGAAAGUGGAUUUGGAGUUUUGGUAGGCGAUUUACAUUCCAUAGAACUACAUCAACAAUUUAAGGGAGAAAAACAGACUGAAAGAGGCCUUUCUUCUCAUGCGACAAGUUUUCGUUUUAUUACAGACAGCCUGUCUCGAGAAGUACCCAACAUCGCCAUAAACGCGGCGUAGCGAACAAGUGCAACAUCACGCAAAACAAUUCAUAUCUUCCGUGCGAAAGCUGCUCAACCGUUACCGGAGCGCUGUUUAAUCAGGAGGGGCACCGAGACUUCUUCGUUCGGUAAGAUCUCCCCCAACUUCGGUCAUAGUGGAGAAGAAACUGAAAAGCGGCAAGAUGGCCAGUACGGGCGAUAUCUGGCUACAAUGGUUCUCCUGCUGCUUCCACCAACCACAGAGCCCCCGGCGGCGGCGACAUCACCAGCGACUACGAAUAGACCGGUCAAUGAUCGGAAAUCCCACCAAUUUUGUGCACACGGGCCACAUCGGCUCCAAUGACGUCGAACUUUCCACGAACCACCUCUCGGCGAUACAAAACCAAAUGCAGAGUAAAGGUGGCUAUGAAAUGAACUCGCUAAGACUACAGGCUUGCUGAUAGCCCGUGAUUCGCUGCUGCCCGUUAAUUUAUUCCUAGUUUAUAAGGCUAUUCAGCAUUGGAAACAAUAGCACGGCCUACGCAAGCGAGCGAUCAACACAUCUAAUGCGGAUUAAUUAGCAGAAACAACUAUCAUUUUGGCACCCGGCGAAUGGAAGCAAAAGUUAAUUAACGCUAAGCUGGGAAGAAACGCUCAGAUGACUACCAUAAAGCAUUUCAGCACAAUCUUUGGAAAAUAGCAAAGUAUAAAAAACGUAGACGCACUACUUGACAAUAACCGAAAUCUACCCGGAAGAAAAACACCAGUAGGUCCCGAACAACAAACGUAGCGGCCUUAUGCAUACUUAUAGUGUUAUCCGCGUUAACCGUGGAGAAUGUUAUGCGAGAUAGAAUAUUAUGUGUGAUUCUGAGUGAAUGAUAUUAUUAUAAGCAAGUAUUUAGUUAACGAUGAUUAAAUCAAUAAUUGAAAAGUGGUGCUUCACGAAGAGAUCAAAAUAAAUAACUAAUAUGUAGUAAUAAACAAUAUUAAAUGUGCCACGAGUGCACCCGUGUACAUUUUUGUACAUAGUUCCUUGAAUUAAAAAGUGUCAAUAUUAUGCUCACAAAUUAGAAAUGUAAGUUCAAUGAAAUAAACUGAAUUGAUAGAACAGAA